AAGACACUGUUUCCCAAAGGCUCGCCGGAUAAACUGGUCAUCAAGCCUGAGGGAGGGGCCAUGCGCUGGGUCGCUGACGGGAAAGUGAGAGGUACUGGGUUUGGCUUAUCUAUCUAUCUAUCGAUCUGUCUGUCUGUCUGUCUGCCUGUCUGUCUGUCUGUUUGUCUGUCUGUCUGUCUGUCUGAGUUCUUUAAGCAGCUGAACUGCAGCUGUUUGGUCGAACUAUAUGCAAUACGAUGUGGUAAUGACAAAAUAACCGAUGACUCAUAUGAAUGCGUUGGGUGAAAGAAACAGCAAAUGGAUGGAUUAAUGGAGGGAAAGUAAAGAAAGAAUGGUGAGGGUGUGGGGGGACAAUAAAAAUGAAAAAAUGGCAAGGAAAACAAAAGAAUGGGAAAAGAGAAAAAUAAACAGAAAUCAUUAGGAGGGAUUAAAGAAGGAAAAGUAAAAAAAAGGAAAGAUAGAACCAAUAAAAUGGAAAAAGAACAAAAUUAACAAAAAGAAAGAAAACAGCAGAUGGAUAUUAAAAAGAAAGACAGAUAAAAUUUUUAGAAAGAAAAGAAAAUGCAUAAAGAAUGUGGAAAAAUUGUGUGAAAGAAAGAACGAAAGGAAAAAUUCUACAGAAAAUAGCAGGAGUAAGGAAGCAAAAGGAAAGGAAGAUAAAUAACUAAAAAAAACAACGAAGAAAAAGGAAAGAAAAGAAUUCAUAUGAAAAUUAAAAAGUAAAAAAAAAACAGAAAGGGAGAAUAGAAAAUGACAGAUGAUAGGAUUAAAGAAUGACAAUGAAAUUAUUUAUAUUAAAAAAAAAAAAACUUUUUAAAACCCCCCCAAAAAGAUUAAACUAAAAAAGUAAAUAAUAAGAAAGAAAACAAGAAAGGAAGAAAAUAAAAAAGAAAAUAAUCGAAGCAAAUGAAUAAACACUGGCAGAAUCUAAGAAAGUAAGAAAACAUCAAAAGGACGGAUCAAAGAAGGAAAAGGAAGAAGACGGGAAACAAGGAGCAAUAAAAAGGAAAAGGAGAAAACUAAACAGAAACAAAUGGUGGACUUAAAGAAAGAAAAAUACAGAUAGGAAAAAAAAGAACACAAAGCACACAAAUGAGUACACAAGGAAAGAAAACAGCAACCGGAGGGAUUAAAGAAAGAAAGAAAGAAAGGAAGUAAGAAAGAAAGAAAGAAAGAAAGAAUGAAAAGAAAAGAAACAAAGCAAAUGAAUAAAUAUAUUCGGAUCAAUGAAAGAAAGCAAGAAGGAAAAAGAAAGAAAGAAACGAGUGAUGAAAGUAGGAAAAGAAGAUAAUCCAAGUACCAUAAUAAAAUAAAGAAUUACAGGAUGGACGAGGGGCGGAGCUGUCAUGAACCCCAUUAACCUGGGGCACACUCUCUUUCUCCACAUAAAUAUUCUGUAAAUAAUGGAUAUUUGGUUUUUGUAGAGCAGUUAGAGCAGUUGGUGCGAGGCUGCAGGACGUGAGUCAUCAUUAAUGUUGGUUAAUAAGUGCACCAGCCUGGUGUGAGGGCACACAAGUCUCAUGUGGUGUGAAUACCACAGCUGCCUCAUGGCUUCUAACGUGUCCAACUGGUUGCAUAACAGCCAUGAAGCCUUAAAAUAGAGCGGUCCAUGCACAACAUUCAAAUCCUACAGAGAUCACUCAGGAUAAACAAACGGUCAAAACAACACCACAACAAGACGCUGGAUCCCGUCUGGUCAUCUGUCCAGCUGCUUCCAUUUAAAUUAUGGGACCAAAGAUUAAGUUCAGGAAGCAGAAGAAAUAUCGCAACGACGUAAUCGCAACCGCGCACGCUUCGGGAGUAGUACUUCAGUUCUGGAACGCUCUCCUUGUUGGCGAUGAGGUCACUGUGAUCAGUAUCGUCGAUGACCCUGAGUACACACACCUUAUGGAUGCGAUAUAUGACACCAGUGACAUCGAGGAGUGGAAGAACUACAGGUUCAACUACAGAGGGUUAAGACUGUGGUCUCUGACCUACGAGCAGGAGCUGACCACCCCUCUGCACAUCACAGCGGGCAGAGGCUUAACCGAUUGCCUCAGGCACCUCCUUCUGAGAGGGGCCAGUGUAGAUUUUACCCCUGGGGGCAGCACUGCAUUGCACGAGGCAUGCCAGGAGUGCCAGACAGACUGCGUUAAACUGCUGCUACAGUAUGGUGCCAACACCAACGCUGUCAACGAGGAUGGACUGAUGCCCCUGCACCUCUGCACUGAGCCAGAGUCACUGGAGUGUGCCAAGCAUAUCAUCCAGUUCGGUGCAGCCAUAAACGGCUGUAGCUUGGAUGCAAACGACACGCCGUUGCAUGUAGCAGCACGUCACGGCCUCCUGGCCCACGUGGAUCUGUACCUGCGGCACGGUGCAGCAGUGGAGUGCCAGAACGACGAAGGACAAACACCACUGAAUGCUGCAUGUUCGUACCCACACGAGCACGCUGCUCUGGAGCGCUAUGCCCAAGUGUGCCAGCGGCUGGUGGAGGCUGGGGCGAAAGUGGUCACGGGUGACGCCGAUAACCGCACUCCUCUGCACAUGGCGUGCAAGAACGCCAACCCCAAGAUAGUGGAGCUACUGCUGCGAAACGGUGCCUCUGUCAAUGACAUGGACUACGGAGGCGAGGCGCCCAUGCAUAAUAUCCUAAAAAUGGUGGCCUAUAAGUUGGAGCAUGAGCCCGAGCGGAUUGUUCAGGAAUUGCUUAACUACGGAUCAAUCAGAGUGUGGCCAGGAGCUCUGCCAAAGGUCCUAAAGUACUGCUGUAUGUCACCACGUACAAUCGAAGUGCUGCUGAAUGCAUAUAGCCGUCUCAAAGUCAAUGAUCGGUGGGUGGAGGCCGUUCCUCCAGACAUGUUCCAGAAACAUCAUGACUUUUACGAGUCUGUGUUUGCCCUGGCCAAUACUCCCCGCUCCCUGCAACAUCUGGCUCGCCACAGGUUACGCACCUAUCUAGAAGGCCGUGUUCACAAAGUGGUGCCCAAUUUAGGCCUGCCCACAUUUCUGAAGCACUACCUGAUGCUGGAGUUUCGAGGCUAUGUUCACUAAGUGCUCACUGAACUAAAAGUGUACCAUCAGCUUUACAAUCAAUAGCAGCGUUUACAUGGACAACAAUAAUCCACUCUUAAUCCGAUUAAGACCAUACUCUAAUUAAGAAACUAGCAUGUAAACAGCAAUUUUUACUUACCUUAAUCUAAUUAAGGUCAUAAUCGAAGUAAGCAAUAAUUGAAUUAAGACAGGUGGAGUACUCCUGUUUUAGUCGCAUUAUGGACGUGUAGUAGUGACAUGUAAACACCUUAAUCACAUUAUGAACGUCGUGUGAGAGUUUUCACCGCAUUUUGCGACAGGACACGAUCACACAUGGCAGCGCAACCGUUUUACGGCGAACAAGAGAGUUCGGCUGCGUCCCAAAUUGCAUACUUUCCUACUAUAGGCCUGUAGUGGGGAAAAAUACAUGUAUCUCGGCUACUACAGUGAGGGAAAAAAGUAUUUGAUCCCCUGCUGAUUUUGUACGUUUGCCCACUGAUAAAGAAAUGAUCAGUCUAUAAUUUUAAUGGUAGUUGUAUUUGAACAGUGAGAGACAGAAUAACAACAAAAAAAUCCAGAAAAACGCAUGUCAAAAAUGUUAUAAAUUAAUUUGCAUUUUAAUGAGGGAAAAAAGUAUUU